GAGAGCGAGCAAGCGAGCGAGCGAGCGAGCGAACUCGGGGAAAGUGCUGGGGAUGGGCAGGACAGUGACUCGGGCAAGGGCUGCUUUCCGCCGCCCCGGAGUCCCAGCACUGCUGCUGCUGCCCGCCCGGACACACCUCGGCUCUGCCUGCUCUUAGCGCCUGCCCCGGGCAGAGCCAGCGCGCCCCCGACCAAUGCAACAAUAAGCCAGUCCCCCCCGCCAGAGGACGGAAGAAGGGGACCAGUUACCGUCGAGGAGGCGGCUGUGUAUUCCACCGAGGGGCAGUGAGUGAGCGAAUCUGGAUCCCACGGACGAGAUGCAGGAGAACUAUGAGAAUGUGAUCUCACUGGCGGAGGAGAUUGCGAUCAGCUGGCCCCGGAUAACUGCAUUUGCCGAGUCACACAGGAGGAGAGGAUUGGUCUCUGUUUCCUUUCCUAGACCCAGGGAGUUACUGGAUUCUCUCGUUGUUCCAGCAGAUGAUGGGAUGGUGAGUGAGAAUGAGGAGGAAGAUGCUCAGCAGGGAGGCCUUGAGAAGGUGGAUGCCCAGGGCACGAUGCCGGGCAAGUCCAAGGGAAGCGUUCCCCAGAGUGCUGAUGUGGGGAAAGCCAUCGAGGGCCCACGGAAAGUGGAAGGACAGCCAAGGAAGCCCUCAGGCAAGAGGCAGGGCAAAUCCGCUCACCGUGGUUUCAAAAAGUUCCACCAGCGGAGCCUGCUGGGGCACAGCCGGUGCCAUGACUGCGGCAAGAGCCUGGGCUUCGGCUCAGGCUUCAACAAGCGCCCACGUCUGCGCAGCGCUGAGAAGCCCUACAAGUGCAACGAGUGUGGCAAGUGCUUCCGGCUCAGUUCCACUCUCAUCACCCACCAGCGCCGCCACGCCAGCGAGAAGCCCUACAAGUGUGCCGACUGCGGCAAGAGCUUCAGCGUGGGCUCAGCCUUCAUCCAGCACCAGCGGGUCCACACUGGCGGCGUCAAGCCCUGCCAGUGCAAUGUCUGCGGCAAGAGCUUCAGUGCCAGCACCAGCCUGGUCAAGCACCAGAAGCUGCACCUGGAAGAGAAGCCUUACAAGUGCGACGAGUGCGGCAAGGGCUUUAACUGGAACUCGCACCUGGAACGCCACCGACGCAUCCACACCGGCGAGAAACCCUACACCUGCCCUGAAUGUGGGAAGAGCUUCAGCUGGAGCUCCCACCUGGACCGCCACCGCCGCACCCACCUGGGCGGGGAGAAGGCCUGCAAGUGCACUGACUGCGGUCGUUGCGUUGGCCCUAAUGGCACCAAGCCCCAGCGCGGAGGAGGAGCCGCUGCCGCCACCGAGAAGCCCUACCAGUGUCCCGAAUGUGGCAAGGGCUUCAACAAGAGUGCCACGUUGGCCAAGCACCGGCGUUCCCACACAGGCGACAAGCCCUACAAGUGUGAGGAGUGUGGCAAGAGCUUCGGGCUGAGCACCUCCCUGCUGCAGCACCAGCGGAGCCACGCAGCCGGCAAGCCCUACCAGUGCGGCGACUGCGGCAAGAGCUUCGCCUGGAGUUCCCACCUGGACCGGCACCGGCGCAUCCACAUGGGGGAGAAGCCCUACCGCUGCGGGGACUGCGGCAAGAGCUUCUCGCAGAGCUCCCACCUGGAGCGGCACCAGCGGGUGCACCUGGGCUCAGAGCAGCCCUGCCAGUGCACCGACUGCGGGAAGAGCUUCCUGGCCAGCGCCAAGCGGCGCCGCGUGCUGAGCGGGGAGCGUCCCUGCAAGUGCACUGACUGUGGGAAGAGCUUCCUGUGGGGCUCCCGCGCCAGGCCUUCCCCUGUGGCAGAGAGGACCCACAAAUGCACGGAGUGCGGGAAGAGCUUCACCUACCGGGCGGAGAACGUCAAGCACCAGGGCACGCAGACGGGCGAGAAGCCCUACACCUGCCCUGAGUGUGGCAAGAGCUUUGGGCAGAACUCGGCCCUGGUGAAGCACCGGCGCAUGCACACCGGCGAAAAGCCCUACAAGUGCGAGGACUGCGGGAAGAGCUUCAGCGUCCGCUCCAACCUCAUCAAGCACCAGCGCACCCACCUGGGCGAGAAGCCCUACAAGUGCCCUGACUGCGGCAAGGGCUUCAUCCAGAAGUCAGACCUGACCAAGCACCGGCGCAUGCACACUGGGGAGAAGCCCUACAAGUGCAACGUCUGUGGGAAGUGCUUCAGCGUCAGCUCCAACCUCAUCAAGCACCAGCGCAUCCACCUGGGCGAGAAGCCCUACCAGUGCUCUGAGUGUGGCAAGAGCUUCAUCCAGCGCUCGGAGCUCACCAUCCACCAGCGUGUGCACACUGGCGAGAAACCCUACAAGUGCCCCGAGUGUGGGAAGUGCUUCAGCCGCAGCUCCCACCUCAACCGACACAAUAGAAUCCACACCGGAGAUAAACCCUAUAAAUGCCUAAACUGUGGGAAAAGCUUCACUUUGAGCUCCACCUUGAUAAAACAUCAGAAAACUCACACAGGGGAGAGACCCUAUAAGUGUCCUAACUGUGGGAAAAGAUUCCGUCAGAGUUCACACCUUGCUAGACAUGAGGGAACCCACAGGGAAGAAAAGCCCUUUAAAUGCCCUGACUGUGCAAAGCAUUUCAGUUGCACCACAAACCUUCUUACCCAUCAGAGAAUUCAUACAGGAGAGAAGCCCUACAAGUGUCAACACUGCGGGAAAAGCUUCACACACCAUUCAUACCUUCUGGGCCAUCAGAGAAUCCACACAGGAGAGAAACCCUAUAAGUGUCGACACUGUGGGAAAAGCUUUACACACCGCUCAAACCUUAGUACGCAUCAGAGAAUCCACACAGGAGAGCGACCUUACAAACCCCAUCAGUGUGCGGAGUGUGGGAAAUGCUUUUGUGGGAGCUCGAACCUGAUUACGCAUCAGAGAAUCCACACUGGAGAAAAACCCUAUCACUGCCCCAACUGCGGGAAAAGCUUCAGUGUGAAAUCAAACCUCACGACCCAUCAGAGAAUCCACACGGGAGAGAAACCCUAUAAGUGCUCUCACUGUGAUAAAAGGUUCAGCCAGAGCUCAGACCUCACUAAACACCAGCGAAUCCACACAGGGGAGAGACCCUACAGAUGUGAUGCAUGCGGCAAAAGCUUCAGUCGGAGCUCGCAGCUCCUGACGCACCAGAGAGUCCACACGGGAGUGAAACCUUAUAAAUGCCUUAAAUGUGGGAAAAGCUUCCGCGUGAGCUCCCAUCUCACUAAGCAUCGACGGAUCCACACGGGAGAGAGGCCUUAUCUGUGCUCGGAAUGCGGAAAGAGCUUUAGCCAGAGCUCAGACCUCACUGCCCACCAGAGGACCCAUACGGGGCAGAGACCCUACAGAUGCCCUGACUGCGGGAAAAGCUUCCGCCAGAGCUCACACCUCGUUAGACACCAGAGAACACACACGGGCAAGAGGCCUUUCAGUUGCACUGAGUGCGGGAAAAGCUUCAGCGUGAGCUCAGAGCUUCUCGCCCACCAGCGAACUCACACAGGUGAGAGGCCCUUCACCUGCCCCAGCUGUGGGGAGAGCUUCGGCCGGAGCUCCACCCUGGUCCUACACCAGAGAAUCCACAGCCAGGAAAAGCCCUACAAAUGCCCUGACUGUGGUAAAGGCUUUGGCCGUAGGUCACUCCUCAUCCUGCACCAGAGGAUCCACCUGGGGGACAGACCCUACAGCUGUGGGCACUGCGGGGAGAGCUUUAUUGACGGCUCCAACUUUGUGAGACAUCAGAGAGCCCAUGUGGGAGAGAAGCCCUACAAAUGCCCCGAGUGCAGAAAAGGGUUUGUGCGCAGCUCGGAUCUCAUUAAACACCAGAGGAUCCACGCCGGGCACAAGCCGUUCACAUGCACUGAGUGCGGGAAGAGUUUCAGCGAGAGCUCCAACCUGCACAGGCACCGGAGGGCCCACACGGGUGACCGGCCCUACAAGUGCUCCAACUGUGGGAAGAGCUUCGGCCAGAGCUCUGACCUCAUCAAACACCAGCGCACGCACAUGGGUGACCGGCCCUACAAAUGCACUGACUGCGGGAAAAGCUUCAGGCAGAGCUCGGACCUGGUCAAACACCAGAGGAUCCACAAUGGAGAGAAGCCCUACAAAUGCCCAGACUGUGGGAAAAGCUUUAGUGUGAGCUCAAGCCUUUCCUCACACCAGAGAAUCCAUGUCGCAGCGAAGCCCUACAAGUGCCCUGAGUGUGGGCAAAGCUUCAAUGUGAGAUCCACCCUGUCUACGCACCAGAGGAUCCACAGUGGAGAGAAACCCUUCAAGUGCUCCGAUUGUGGGAAAGGCUUCGGCCGCAGCUCCAACCUGGUCAGGCACCAGCGGAUCCACACCGGGGACAGACCCUACCAGUGCUGGGACUGUGGGAAAAGCUUCACUCAGAGCUCGACCCUUAAUAGACACCGGAGAGUCCACAUGGGAGAGCGGCCUCUCCUGCCUGCUGCAUCAGAGUGAUGGGCAAAGCCAAUGAUAUCUUGGCCAGCUGGCCAGAGGGUUAUUGGUACACGGGGCCUGGCCAUACACCCCUCAUGGCUGUGCCCCUGGGCUGGCAUGACUGCGAAUGAUUAUUUUAUUAUCCAUAUAAAUGUCUAGCCUUUUCCUGAAUCCUAGUACACAUUCCUCACCUCAGUACUUUCUUGGGUCUUUUCCUGGAGACCUGAGUUCGCUCAUGCCAGCUGAGGCCUUAUCUACACAGGAAAGUUAAGGUCUGAAUUUAAACUGAUCUAGUUAUCCCUGUUUAACACCCCCAGCCUCACAUGGAAGCUUUUAUUCCAAUAUAAGGGUGGCCUUUUUCCAGUUUAGUUUACAACAUUUAGCCACAGGAAUUAAGCAAACUGAAUACGGCACUCUUAUGCUGGUAUAACUGGUAAAACUUUCCCCACACAGAAAAGUCCUGGAGCUCUCUGGUUUCAAGAACUUUGUGAAGUAAGUUCCCCCCCCCACACCCCAUCAAACAGUGGAAAUGCACUGAUGUCUUUUCAGUGAUCUGACAGGCUUCUUCAGGUCAGUUCAAAUCUUAACCCCUUCCUUUCUGUUUUCCCAAACAUUAGCAUUAGCUAGCCAGUGGUGGAAAUGUCUCAGACUUGGCUGAGUUCAUCACUGUACAGCAGCAUCAGCCACUU